AUGCCCAGUCGCCGGCCGGUACCCCCGCCGGAGCUGAGGAAGACGACGACGCCUUGCUGGGCCGACCUCUCGCUCCGCUGCAAGCCCCUCAAGCAUGUGGCCUUCAAGAUCCAUACCGACGCCCUCAGCAGCCCCAAGCGACGGGAGGAUCCUGCGCCGCCGGGCGAUGCCCCGGACCUCACCGGACUCCUCUCCGACGAGAUACUUAUUCGGAUCCUGUCCCACCUCCCACCGCCCCUCCGCGAGUCCUCGGGCCUCGUCUGCAAGAGAUGGCUGCGUCUGCUCGACCAGCUCCGCCGUUCGCUCAGCCUCCUCGACUGGUCGUUCCUCGACAGCCCCUCUCGUCGCCUCGUCGUGCGCUUCCCUGAGCUCACCGAUGUCGACCUCGUGCCGGCGUCCAUCAGCCCGCCGGUGAUUCCCUCCGGCAUCCUCCUCAACCGAGGCCCCGUCUCCGUACGGCUGGAUUCUGAAUUUGAGACGCCCAAUGGCGCCCUUCCCUGGGGCUUCAUCACGGAAUGCAGAUUCCUACCGUCGAAGGUUGUCGACCGGGGGCUCGAGAUUCUCUCGCGAGGAUGCCCCACCCUAAGAAAGCUAUCGCUCGUGGCUGUGGCGUCGGAGCUCGGCCUGAUGAAGGUGGCCAAUGAGUGCCCCACGCUUCAGGAGGUGGACCUUCACCGCUGCACGGACACGUCGCUUCGGUCGAUCUCCGCCUUCAGAAACCUGCAGAUCCUAAAGCUGAUCGGUUCUAUGGAAGGGCUCUACGACGGACCUGGUGUCUCCGACAUAGGUUUGACGAUAUUGGCGCACGGAUGCAAACGGUUGGUGAAGCUAGAGCUCUGUGGAUGCGAAGGGAGCUACGAUGGCAUCGGCGCCAUCGGACGUUGCUGCUUGAUGCUCGAGGAACUCACGAUAUGUGAGCACAGAAUGGAUGCCGGCUGGAUGGCGGGGCUCUCAUUCUGUGGAAAUCUGAAGACACUGAGACUCCAGGGAUGCCGGAGGAUUGACUUAGAUCCUGGUCCUAUUGAGCAUCUGGGUUCAUGCCCCACCAUUGAAGGGCUGCAUCUGCAGCGGUGCCAACUCCGGGACAAGAGAAGCAUGAAUGCAUUGUUUAUUGUGUGUGAAGCGGUAAAGGAAAUGGUCUUCCAGGACUGCUGGGGGCUGGACAAUGAGAUGUUUGGCAUAGCUAUCAUCUGCAGGUAUUACAUAGACAAGCAUGUGCUCUGA